AUGGAUAAGAGUUGGAUGAAGAAGAGUAGAUUGUCAAGAGAUUAUAUGCAAGGGAUUAAAGAAUUUUUAGAGUUUGCUUCUCACAAUGUAUCUAAUGAUGGAACAAUUUCAUGUCCAUGUAUGAGAUGUGUGAAUUCAUACAUGUUGACUUUAGAAGUUGUACAUGAUCACUUGGUAUCCUAUGGAAUUAGUCCGGGUUAUAAUUGUUGGUAUCUUCACGGGGAAAUUAUGUCUGCAACGACUUCUAGUAGAACUAGUCAAAGCCAUGAAGAAAUACGACCUGAGUAUGGUGAUAUACGUGACAUGUUGCGGGACGUGUUUCCCAUGCACACCCAAAAUAUAGAUGAAUAUGCAGAAGAAAGUAAUUUACCAGAACCAUCUGAUCAAGGUCCAAGCAUGCAACGACCUCAAGAAGAUCCUAAUGAAGAGGCACAAAAAUUUUACGACUUACUGAAAGAUGCUGAGAAGCCUUUGUAUGAAGGGUGCAAGAAUUUUAGCAAGUUGUCAGCAAUUGUGCAUCUGUAUCACUUGAAAUGUCUUAAUAGAUGGAGCAACCACUCAUUCACAAUGUUGCUUCAAAUUUUGAAAGAUAUGCUUCCUUCAGAUGCAAAUUUGCCGAAAGCCUCUUAUGAUGCCAAGAAGAUUAUUAAGGAUUUGGGUCUCGGUUAUGAAAAGAUUCACGCUUGUCCUAAUGAUUGUAUGUUAUUUUGGAAAGAACAUGCAAAUGAUGAAGUGUGUCAUUGUGGUGCUUCAAGGUGGGCAACAAAUGAGAAUGAUUUGCAGCAUAAUAUGAGUACUUCAUCUAAAAAGAGAAAGAAAAAGGCUGCAAAGGAUGUAGUAGUGGAUGCUGUUGUAGGUAGGAUUCUGCAUGUCAUAACUGUUUUGGUUCAAGGCUUAAUGAUUGAUGUGGUUGUGGGAGGCGUGGUGCCUCUUGUAAGUUCUUUGUUGUAUGCAUAG